AUGGGGGUCCCUUUCGAGGCAUUGCUUCCCUAUGUGAUUAUGACCGGGUUUUUUGGAGUCACAGGCGCUGGCCUCGCAUCACUUCGAUACUACACCAAUGACUACAAGCGACCGAGAAGACAAUUAGAUGUUUGGGACAGGCAAUUGAUGGACAGAGACUAUCGGUUGACUGGGAGCAUGAGAGGCCAGUCCGAUGCGGUUGAGGCGCCCGCUGGUUUCGAA